ACAAGAAGGUCUUGCGCCACAACACAGAUAAAAUUUAUUACUCUCAGCUUCAGAGACCUGGAGAACCAUUCCCGUCUUGCCUUUAAACAGCCUCCUCUCAUACACUUCUCCCAGGAAGAAGACUCAUUCGCCAGUAAAAUGCCAUAUUAAACCAUAGGGUGUACACACUGCAACUUCCAAGCCCACCUCUGCAUUAACUCACACCUGCAAUAUUGCAGUGCACAUGCGAUUUGAACUUGGCACUAGUUGUUGCAGUGUUUGGCUUUGGUGAGGACAGUGUGUGUUCGUCAGCGGUUAGUGUAGGGUGGACUCUUAAGGAGAAAGUGAAAAUUUUCAUGCAGGAGCUCGUUGAUGUUGGAGUGUUGCUGUGGAAGUUUUCAUGCAGGUGUUUGAUGUUGGAGUACUAUUGCAGGGUGAGUGGCUUUGUGAAGGCUUGUCUAUGAGAUGCAGUAGAGAGCAGUUUACAGUGAAAGGAUGAGAUUUGGACAGUUUGUUGGUAGGUUUUGGACAGUUGUCGGUUGAAGAGUUGGAGAGGUACAAGUUAGGUGUAGCGUAGAGGGCGAAGUUGACUUUGCCUGCGUGGUGCAGUUGGAUUGGUGUGGACAGCUAAUGAGAAGUGGGCUUUUGCAAGUGACCCUAAAACUCAAGAUCCAGCUGGCAGCUACAGACAUUUUCCCGCUGUCUAGCUGGGCUGAGGAGUGCCGUGCAUGGCUGCAGUGUUACCAGACCCCUCUGGAGUGGCGCAUGGCAAGCUUGAACCUCCGCAUGUUCCAGAGAAAGUGUACCAAGGUGGAGAAAUCUGGUCUUGAGUGAUGAUGUCUCAUACGUGAAUGGUGAAUUCUCCUCUCUCCAGGAAGACUGGGUUAAACAUGCCACUUUGUCUGUUUCCCAAAUUACAUUUUGGACUGUAUUGCACAUUGUCAAAAUAAAGCCUUUUUUCCCUGCUUAAUUCUUACCACGUUAUCGUAAUUAGAAUUAAUAGAGAUAUUCAAGCUUGUCCUAGCUAAACUGGAAGAGAAGCAUCGGGCAUGUGUACUUUUAAAUGAAAAUUAAAUCCAAUCUGCCAUCUGAUUAUCUUUGAGCGUUUUACUGUGAUUAAUUCCCUCCCAAUGUACUGUGUAUAGUAAGGCCUGACAUCUAGUGCUACAGGGGAUGGAUCUAAUGUUGACACCUAAAUAACAGGAACCGUACUUGCUGCAUAACUUGUCUGCUAUCUAGGAUAGGUACUUCAUCGGGCAUUUUUUUUUUUUUUUUUUUUUUUAGGAAAAGAACACAUCAUGAGACUGAAGAACCAUCUAAUUGUGUCAUUAUACACAUUCACUCCUCUUUUCUCUGCUUGAUAGUAUUUGUAGCUUUUUUUAACUGGGAUUGUUUGAAAAGGAUUUUUAUUUUGGCUCUGUGUAGGCAGCCUGAUAUUCCUUUACAAGGGCCUUCUGCCCGAGUUCACCACACUCGUGUAUCAUAUGAUCAUUGCGCUACACAUUGAUGGCAAAAUUAGCUGUGCCUUGUGUUUCUCCUCUAAACCAGUUACAAAUAUAACAAUAUAAUGAUCAUGACAGGAACUAAAUUCACAGUGAAUAUUUGAAGGAACCUACUGCUAAUAUAUUUUUUAAGUUGUUAUUUGGAUUUUUUAGAUGCAACAAAAAUCUGUAAUUUCUUUUAUUCUUUGCUAUACAGAAGGUGGUUGAACUUUUUUAUAGCAGAUUCAAUCACUUGUUGUAGAGCAAAAUUUUCAGCUCCUGUGAAGAAGUAGGGUAGAGUUAUUCAUACCAUGUAAGCAGCAUAGAUUAGCUGUAUAGAGAAACAGUUAAAAACAACAGACAAAACCACACAAAAACUGCAAAGGCUCCUGCAUGCUCACCCUUUAAGUGCUGUGAUGUCAGUUUUCCUGAGAGCCUUUGAGGGGCUAUCCCCAUAAUUACAAACACAAGUAAGCCAAACUGUAUGAUGCCACUGAGGGAAAAAUUCUGUAUUACCCCAGCCAGAUUAGCUCACAACCCUGUGACAAGCUGGUGAAAAAGGGCAGGUUUGGAUCAGGCCAUGAAACUGAUUACAGGCUCAUGGUAACGCUAUGUAAAUUUGUGAAUACUAAGUGUGCAAUUGCUAAAACAGUCAUGAGCACUGGACAUAUAUCUGGCAUGUAUUCUCCUUUUCCCACCACCACGUUCUGUCCUGUUUCUGGAGAUCGUUGCACAGGAUUAUUUGCAAACAAUUUCUGAAGGAUGCAAAGCUUCCAGAGUUGCGAUGCCUGCCCAGCUGCUGCUGAGCUAUGGGAACAGUCCUCCCUGGGUACCUCUGAAAGGUUUCUUCUAGGCCUGAUGAAAAAUGGACCCCUCAACAAAGAGGGGGAAAAAAGGAACGGAGAAGAGAAAUUCUGUUGGCUGGUUUUCACAAGAAUGAAAGGUUGGUGAAUAAGGCCCAAGGCACUGGAAGGAAUAAAGACAUGAGCUUACGACUCCAGCCUGGGCAGGCAAUCUUCACAAUUCCAGUUACAAAGUACUUCGGCUGGCAGUGACUAGCCAUGAGCUCAUCUCGCCUAAGCAACAGAGCUGAGAGCCGCUUUAGAGCCUCAGAGGAGCAUGAACUGGAGGCAGUGGGGAGGAAAGCUUGGGACAAUCCUGUUUACAAUGGCUCUCCCUCUACCUCCUUGAAGAUUCGGGCCCUCUACAACCCCAAGUCCAUCCUGGAGAAUCCCUAUGAGAACUUUGAAGAGGUGGGGGAUCCACUGCCCUACCAGGAAGAGCAGAGCAAAGCUGUGGAUGGGAAGACAAGUCCUUUUCUCAAGUGCUGCUUCUACAUCUUCAGAGGCAUCCGAGGUCUGUGGGGCACUACGUUGACUGAGAACACAGCUGAAAACAGAGAGCUUUAUGUGAAGACCACACUGCGAGAGCUGCUAGUCUAUAUUGUGUUCUUGGUGGACAUCUGUCUACUGACAUAUGGAAUGACAAGUUCCAAUGCCUAUUACUACACCAAAGUGAUGUCUGAGCUCUUCCUGCAGACCUCUUCAGAUGGCCGUGUCUCCUUCCAGUCCAUUGGCAGCAUGGCUGACUUCUGGGUGUAUGCACAAGGUCACCUUUUGGAUAAUCUUUACUGGACAAAGUGGUACAACAACAAGUCCCUAGCUGCGCACAACACCCAGUCAUACAUUUAUUACGAGAACCUGCUGCUGGGUGUCCCACGCAUGCGACAACUGAAGGUGAAGAACAAUUCCUGUGUGGUCCAUGAUGACUUCAGGGAGGAAAUCUUGGGCUGCUAUGAUGUGUACUCGGAAGACAAGGAGGAAAGGGUCUCCUUUGGGCUCAUCAAUGGAACAGCGUGGAGGUACCAUUCUGAGGAGGAGCUGGGUGGCUCAUCUCACUGGGGAAGACUAACCAGUUACAGUGGGGGAGGAUACUACAUAGACCUCAAGUUGACCAGAAAAGAGAGUGCUGAAGCCCUGCAAGUCUUGAAGGAGAAGUUGUGGCUGGAUCGGGGGACACGAGUUGUCUUCAUUGAUUUCUCUGUGUAUAAUGCAAAUAUUAAUCUGUUCUGUGUUCUGAGGUUAGUGGUUGAGUUUCCAGCCACUGGUGGUGCCAUUCCCUCCUGGCAAAUCCGGACAGUCAAGCUUAUACGAUACGUCAGCGCAUGGGACUUCUUCAUUGUUGCCUGUGAAAUUGUCUUCUGUGUCUUCAUCUUCUACUAUGUGGUGGAGGAGAUUUUGGAGCUGCGUAUCCACAAGCUUCAGUACUUCACCAGCAUCUGGAACAUCCUGGAUGUGGUCGUCAUUCUGCUCUCCAUCAUCGCUAUUGGGUUUCAUAUCUUUCGCACCAUUGAGGUGAACAGACUGUUGGGAGAGUUGCUGAAACACCCCGACACCUACGCAGACUUUGAGUUCCUGGCAUUCUGGCAGACACAGUACAACAAUAUGAAUGCAGUCAACUUAUUCUUUGCUUGGAUCAAGAUAUUCAAGUAUAUUAGCUUUAACAAAACAAUGACUCAGCUCUCCUCCACACUGGCACGUUGCGCCAAGGACAUUCUGGGCUUUGCCAUUAUGUUCUUCAUUGUCUUCUUUGCCUAUGCCCAGCUGGGUUACCUUCUUUUUGGGACACAAGUGGAAAACUUCAGUACCUUUGUUAAAUGCAUCUUCACCCAGUUUCGGAUCAUUCUUGGAGAUUUUGACUACAAUUCCAUUGACAAUGCCAACAGGGUCCUUGGGCCUAUUUACUUCGUCACCUAUGUGUUCUUUGUUUUCUUUGUGCUCCUGAACAUGUUUCUGGCCAUCAUCAAUGACACCUACUCAGAAGUCAAGGAGGAGCUUUCAAGCCAGAAGGAUGAGCUGCAGCUCUCAGACAUCCUGAAGCAGAGCUACAACCGGACGCUCAUGAGGCUGAAGCUGAAGAAGGAACGGAUUUCCGAUGUGCAGAAAGCACUGCAGAAUGGAACGAAAGAACUAGACUUUGAAGACUUCAAGAACAGCUUGAAGGAACUGGGCCAUGCAGACCAUGAGAUCACAACAGCCUUCUCCAGGUUCGACAAAGAUGGCAACCACAUCCUUGAUGAAGAGGAGCAACAGCAGAUGAAGCAUGACCUAGAGGCGAAAAGGGUUGCUCUGAAUACAGAGAUUGAAAAUUUGGGGAAACCCUAUGGUGACAACAACCUGGAUGAGAAUCUGACCUACAUGGAAACAAGGAAUAACCACGCCAAUAAGGCUAGCUGGGUCUCCAAAGAAGAAUUCCAAGUCCUCCUGCAACGUGUGCUGCAGCUGGAACAGUCCAUAAACAACAUCGGCUCCAAGAUUGAUGCAGUGGUGAGCAAGCUAGACAUGCUGGAAAGAAACAGACUGAAGAGGAAGGACAUGUUGGGCAAACCACUGGAUAAUGUUAAUAAGGAGGAAGAACCCAGUCAGGAAAAGCUUCUCCCCCACAGCCUAGACCAGCUGGGGGAAGAAGCAGCAGAAGGCUGGGGGAUGGAACAUAUACAGGCAAACAACCUGAGUGGCAACUCUUCCCAAAACAGGGUCUAUCCCAUCUUGCCCAGGUCAAGUGUGCCGGGGUCUCAGGUGCCCAAGGACAUCCAGCCACAGUCUGAUGUGCGCUUCUAGUGAACAGUCCAGUGCUCCCAGUCUGGCUCCCACUAAGUCACUGUCAGUUGUUUUCCCACUAUUAGAAUAGUCUAGUCAGCUGGACACAGACACCACUGUUGCCAGGAACUAGUGAUGUGAAAAAAAUCAGGGAUGCUCUUUUCCAGUGUAAUGAUGUAUAAUGUCCCAGAGCUAGAACUUCUGCCUCCUGUCUCUCUGGAGUAGGUGGAAAUUUGGAACCAGGUGAUGUAUUAAAUUUCUGCCUUGGAACAGGCUGACACAAAGUCUUUUAUCUAUCCUUUCCCAAAAAGUAGAGACCCCAGAACUCUGUGAACACUUGUGUCUAGAGUGGCAUGUUGCAACUUGUUCCCAACACACACAAUUGUCUGCAGGACAAAGAUGUGGUUAUCAUGUAGACAAAGCAGAACAUAAUCAUUAGUGUGAGAUGGAAAGGAGAAAUUUAGUUGUUUGGGUCUACCUGGUUACCAACAGUUUUGUUCUGUUGUUUGUUUCCAGAAUGCUUUGGUAACCUUCUCUGUACCUUAGAUUCAGAUGUUGAGAAAAGAGGAUACUAACACCUCACUCUGGAUAACUAAAAUGAGAGUUGACUUCCAAUGUAAUUGGGAGGAUAUU